UCAGGAAAUAAAUAUUUUUAUUUUUCUAGUGAGAUCUGAGCGUUGGCAGAAGAACAAGCUCUAUUCUUCGUCGUCUUCUUCUUCUUCUUCUCUCUAAACACUUUCACCGAUUCUUUCUUUUUUCCCCCGGGAAGAUAAUGUUUUCAUCCUCUUUGUGCUCAGUUGUACAGUAACACCCCCUUCUUCUCUAGAUCUACUUAUAAACCGAAACCAUCAAAGUCUCCGGCAAGAUUGACUUUCAUCUUCCAAGUAAUCUCUGUCAGAAUCAGAUUCUCCAGAUGGAACUAUGUCCUGUGGAUAAGACCCAUUAAACCAGAUCGUGCCAUUCAACAUCUUUUCAAAAGAGAAUAAUCUCGUUAUGAUGAACCACUUGCGAGUCGAGACAGAGGAUACCUUCGCGAGCCUCCUCGAGCUAGCAGCAAACAACGAUGUGGAAGGCGUAAGGCUAUCUAUCGACAGAGACCCUUCUUGUGUAGACGAGCCUGGUCUCUGGUACGGUCGUCAAAAAGGCUCUAAAUCCAUCAUGGUCAACGAUCUGAGGACUCCGUUGAUGGUCGCUGCUACUUACGGAAGCGUUGAUGUGAUCAAGGCUAUUCUCCCUUUGACUAACGUGAACCGAGCUUGCGGGAACGAUCAGACCACCGCGCUACACUGCGCCGCCUCUGGUGGAGCUGUGAAUGCUGUGCAAGUGGUUAAGCUGCUUCUCGGAGCUGGAGCUGACUUGAAUGCUUUGGAUGGUGAUGGUCAACGAGCUGGUGAUGUUAUUGUUGUUCCUCCUAAGCUUGAAGGUGUGAAGCUGAUGCUUCAGGAGCUGCUUCUCUCCUCAUCUGCUUCUCGUUCUUCUCCUACUGAGUUAAAGAAAGAGUAUCCUGUUCUUGAUUCGUCUUUGCCGGAUAUCAAGAACUGUAUCUACGCUACUGAUGAGUUCAGAAUGUAUUCUUUCAAAGUCAGGCCUUGCUCUCGUGCCUACUCUCAUGACUGGACUGAGUGUCCUUUUGUCCACCCGGGUGAAAACGCGAGGAGGAGAGACCCGAGGAAGUUUCACUACAGCUGUGUCCCCUGUCCGGAUUUCAAGAGAGGAGAUUGUAGACGAGGAGACAUGUGCGAGUACGCGCACGGCGUGUUUGAGUGCUGGCUUCAUCCAGCUCAGUACCGUACGCGUCUUUGCAAAGAUGGAACGGGAUGCGCUCGUCGCGUUUGUUUCUUCGCCCAUACGCCUGAUGAGCUUCGACCGUUGUACUCAUCCACCGGUUCGGCUGUUCAUUCCCCUCGGUCGGGUGGUGAUUUUGCAGCGGGGUUAAGUCCCAUGUCUCCUCUCUCACCAUCAUCGUCAGCUAUGUCUUGGCCGCAUCCGAAUGUUCCUGCUUUGCAUUUGCCUGGAAGCAAUCUACAGUCGAGCAGGCUGAGAGCUUCUCUCAAUGCGAGAGAUGUUCAUCAGGAUGUGUUGUCGGAUUACGAGCAGGAGCAGCUCCUCAACGAGUUUUCAAACUCAUUAAGUUGGUCUGGUCGGAUGAAGUCAUUGCCUCAUUCGAAUCUUGAUGAUCUUUUCUCACCUGAAGGCGGCUCUUCUUCAUCUCCUAGGUUUACUGACUCGGCUGUUUUCUCGCCGACACACAAGUCAGCUGUCUUCAACCAGUUCCAGCAACAUCAGCAGCAGCAGCAGAGCAUGUUGUCUUCACCAAAGAGCGUGGAUCACUCGUUGUUUUCAGGAGGAGGAAGAAUGUCGCCUCGGAACGUGGUUGAGCCAAUCUCGCCAAUGAGUUCUCGUGUUUCCAUGUUGGCUCAGCAGCAGCAACAUCGGUUCCGUAGCCUUAGCUCCAGGGAGCUUAGAACAAACACAAGUCCUGUUGUUGGUUCACCGGUUAACAACAGCUCGUGGUGGGGUUCUUCAAAUGGUGAACCGGAUUGGGGGAUGAGCUCAGAGGAGGCACUUGGUAAGUUGAGAUCAUCUUCAUCGUUUGAUGGAGAUGAUGAUGAGCCUGAUGUGUCAUGGGUGCAGUCAUUAGUGAAGGAGUCUACUCCAAAUGAGGCCAAAGAGAACUCAAAGAAGCCAGCAACGGUUGAAGUAGUAACUGACAAUGCUGGGCUUGAAGCUUGGAUUGAGCAAAUGCAGCUCGAUCAGCUCAUACCUCAGCAUAACUGAGAGGCUAUAGACCAGUGAAGCACAUUUUUUUUAAUGGUCUUGGUCUGUCUCUCUUUGUGGUAGAUGUAAUAACCUCUUUUCUCAGGUGGUGGUUGUAAAAGGGUAACAAGGAAGAAAAGAGGUUGAAGUUUUCAUUGUUUUUUGUUU